AUGGCAGCCCUGGCAGCUGGAGUAUCCAAGCAACGUGCAGCUGCUAAUGGGCUUGGCUCUAACCAGAAUGCUGUGAAGUAUUUAGGCCAAGACUUUGAGACCCUGAGAAAACAAUGCUUGAACUCAGGGAUCCUAUUUAAAGAUCCAGAGUUUCCAGCGUGUCCAUCAGCUUUGGGCUACAGGGAUCUCGGGCCCGGCUCCCCCCAAACUCAAGGCAUCGUAUGGAAGCGACCCACGGAACUGUGUCCUAACCCUCAGUUUAUUGUUGGUGGAGCCACACGGACAGACAUCUGCCAAGGGGGUCUAGGUGACUGUUGGCUUCUGGCAGCCAUUGCCUCCCUCACCUUGAAUGAAAAACUGCUUUACCGAGUGGUCCCCAAGGACCAGAGCUUCCAGAAGAACUAUGCGGGCAUUUUUCAUUUCCAGUUCUGGCAGUACGGAGAGUGGGUAGAUGUUGUCAUUGAUGACAGACUGCCUACCAAGGAUGGACAGCUGCUCUUUCUACACUCGGAAGAAGGCAAUGAAUUCUGGAGUGCUCUCCUGGAGAAAGCCUAUGCCAAGCUCAAUGGUUCCUAUGAGGCGCUUGCUGGAGGCUCCACAGUUGAGGGCUUUGAAGAUUUCACAGGUGGCAUCUCUGAGUUUUAUGACCUGAAGAACCCCCCGGGCAAUCUAUACCACAUCAUCCGGAAGGCCCUUCGUGCGGGAUCUCUGCUGGGGUGUUCCAUUGAUGUCUCAAGUGCAGCAGAAGCAGAAGCCACCACCAGGCAAAAGCUGGUGAAGGGUCAUGCAUACUCUGUUACAGGAGUCGAAGAGGUGGAUUUCCGUGGCUGCCCAGAGAAGCUGAUCAGACUAAGGAACCCAUGGGGUGAAGUGGAGUGGUCUGGAGCCUGGAGUGAUGCAGCACCUGAGUGGAAUUACAUAGAUCCCAGGAAGAAGGAAGAGCUGGACAAGAGAGCAGAGGAUGGAGAGUUCUGGAUGUCCUUUUCAGAUUUCUUGAAGCAGUUCUCUCGACUGGAAAUAUGCAACCUGUCCCCAGACUCCCUGAGCAGUGAGGAGGCCCACAAAUGGAACCUGGUGCUCUUCAAUGGCCGUUGGACACGAGGCUCCACUGCCGGGGGCUGCCAGAACUACCCAGACACUUACUGGACCAACCCCCAGUUCAAAAUCCAUUUGGAUGAGGUGGAUGAGGACCAGGAGGAGGGCACCAGUGACCCCUGCUGUACAGUGCUGCUGGGUCUGAUGCAGAAGAAUCGCAGACGACAGAAGAGGAUUGGCCAGGGCAUGCUCAGCAUAGGCUACGCUGUCUACCAGAUUCCCAAGGAGCUGGAGAGACACACGGAUGCUCACCUGGGCCAGGAUUUCUUCCAGAGCCACCAGCCCUCUGCCCGCUCCAGCACCUACAUGAACCUGCGUGAAGUGUCCAGCCGGGUCCGGCUGCCCCCAGGACAGUACCUGGUGGUGCCAUCUACCUUCGAGCCCUUCAAGGACGGUGACUUCUGCUUGAGGGUGUUCUCAGAGAAGAAGGCCCAGGCUCUGGAAAUUGGGGAUGCUGUGGCUGGAAACCCGCACGAGCCACAUCCGUUGGACGUGGAUGGAGAAGAUGAACACUUUGGGAGCCUGUUUGAGGAGUUCGCAGGCAAGGAUUCUGAGAUCAGCGCUAAUCAGCUCAAGAGGGUCCUGAAUGGAGUGUUUUCUACACGAACAGACAUGAAAUUUGAUGGAUUCAACAUCAACACUUGCAGAGAAAUGAUCAGCCUGCUGGAUAGUGACGGGACUGGAACCCUGGGACCCAAGGAGCUCAAGACACUCUGGCUGAAGAUUCGCAAGUAUCUGGAGAUCUACCAGGAAAUGGACCACAACCGUGUAGGGACCAUGAAUGCCCAUGAGAUGAGGACAGCCCUUAAGAAAGCAGGUUUCACUCUCAACAACCAGGUCCAGCAGACUGUUGCCAUGAGGUAUGCAUGCAGCAAGCUUGGCGUGGACUUCGACAGCUUUGUGGCUUGCAUGAUCCGCCUGGAGACCCUGUUCAAACUGUUCAGGCUUUUGGACAAGGAUCAGAAUGGCAUUGUCCAGCUCUCCCUGGCUGAGUGGCUGUGCUGUGCGCUGGUCUGA